AUGGCUGGGGAUGCGGCUCCUCAGGCGACAGACCAGCUGCCAUGCGUAGAAGCCGCCAUGGAUCUUCCAGUUGUGGUUGAUUCGGACGAUGAUGAAAUGUUCUCCCACGAACUAGAACAAGUGAGGAGUAUAUUGGAAGAAGCGAUUUUGGAAACGCUCAGCAUGCCUCUCAAAAAUCGAUCACGACUUCCCCGCAAACCCCUAAGUUUUGCGCAAGCUAAAUCGGGCUGUAGUGAGGGCUCUUAA